AUGGCUUCAUUUUUAAUUACAGAAUGUUUAGAGAAGAUUUUUUUAAAUUUUCUUGAUAUCCCAGCUGGAGAUACAAGUACCAAUUCGUCAACAAUAAACACAAGCACCAAUACGUCAACUGGAGACUUGUAUGCCUGCACAUUAGUAUCUAGGUAUUGGUGCAAAGUGUCAACACCAUUAUUGUAUUCUUAUCCAUUUCAUCAUUUUCGCAAUUUGACCUAUCGAGAUGAUGAUGUGAAAUCGAAGAUUCUAGAUCACUAUUUUAAACUAAUUCAUACAUUAUUAAAAUGUAUUCCUCAUGAUAUUGAACAAACCUUAAAUGAACCGUAUUUAGCCAUGCAUUUUCAUUUAUCGACCUUUAAUUAUAUUUCUUUCAUCCGUGGGUUGAUUUUUCAUGAUGUGAUAUUUCACUGUCACCGCCAGGAUUGGUUUACUUAUCUUGGUCUAGAGACUACGUCAGUAGAUUUUUUCUCGCUUAUGGUACUUUUUACAAAAUUUUUAUGCAAACAUUGCAAUAAUUUGACGAUACUGGAGUUCCCAUUCAAGAUAGAAGUUUCAUUAUUCGAUGAUAUGAUCGAAUUAUUAUCUCCGAAAUUGGACAAUUUAAAAGAAUUAUAUUAUCAUGGUAAAUCUUGUCAUGGUUUGCCUUUAAAAAGUUGUUAUAGUAAUAUUCCAAUGCACUUUUAUUCAAAACUUGACAAUAUUCGUAGUAUAAACUUACUUUGCAGCGACAUCGUUGAAGCAAUUUCAUUAUCAAAAUUCAUUCCUUUGCAAAAUAGGUUGCAACACUUCAUCUUGUCAGAUUAUCAUUCGGCUGCGAAUUCUAACAAUGGUAAAUACAAUAUCGUAAUCAAUUCAUUAUCUGCUCAAAAGGAUAGUUUACAAGUAUUAGAGUUAAGAAAUGUAUCCUUCAAAAAUGUAGAUGGUAAAGCCAUCGACUUACUGGGACUACUCAAAAAUAUUAGAAAGCUGAAGCUAUUUUGGUGUCGUCAAUUUAAUAUUAAAUUGAAUUCUUGGACAAGGAAUUUACCAAAGAUUGAAGAAUUUGAAUUUAUUGGAUUCUAUAUUGAGGAUAUGUCAAUUAGCUUUAUAAUUAAAUUAAUUCAAUCCGCUUCACUUACGUUGACUCGAUUAGUUAUAGAUUAUGACAGGGUGGAUGCCUUUGAUUACAAUGUUACUCAAAUAUACGACCAAAUUCCACUUUACUUGCACUCAUUAACUCAUUUAACUCUUACUCAAAUCCGUCAAACAGAGUUGGUCCCUAUAUUUACUUCAUGUAUUAAACUAGUUUACCUUAGUAUUAUCCCUAUUGGAAAAAUUGAAGGUUACCUUGAGAAUGUAAUUCCAAAAAGGUUACAAAUUAUACAGUUUAGAAAGGUUGAUUUUAUAAAUAUUGAUACUUUGGGGCCUUCCUUGAAGAAGUGUGUAAAUGAUGGCGGUAAAUUGAAGUAUUUGGAAAUUAAAGGAAGAUGCAACGUGAGUCAAGAGUGUUUUGAUCUAGUUGGAAAACUUGGUGUGAAAUUAAUAAUUUAUAGGGCAUAA